CAUCGUUGCAAUCACCAUCACACUUCAAUCAACCUUGUCGACGACUGUUACUACACCACUCAACAGGCUCCCAACCCUGUGGUCGCACAUCGGCAACUCCAAUAACCCAUACCUUGCCUCUGAAAAUACGAGCACAGACUUUUGAAUCAUCCACCGCAAUCAUGGCCACCAACGGCGAUCUACCCUCGGAUGAUGAGUUUUCCCAGCCAGGAACCCCUCCUGGAGAAGAAAAUGAUGUCGACGAGAUUGAAGAGACAAAUCAGCCUCCCAAGUCCGCCCUGAAAAAGGGAACCUCCGCAUCCAUACCCGAACCUCAAGUCACUCGCCCUCCUCUCCCAGAACAACCCGACCCAAACACCCUUGACGUCUCAAAGUUGACCCCCCUCUCCCCUGAAAUCAUCGCAAGACAAGCGACGAUCAAUAUUGGUACUAUAGGCCAUGUCGCUCACGGCAAAUCCACCGUCGUCAAGGCCAUCUCGGGAGUGCAGACGGUCAGAUUCAAGAACGAACUGGAGAGAAACAUUACAAUCAAGCUUGGUUAUGCCAACGCAAAGAUCUACAAGUGCGACAACCCCGAAUGUCCGCGGCCGACAUGCUACAAGAGCUUCAAGUCCGAAAAGGAGGUCGAUCCUCCUUGCGAAAGAGAUGGAUGCAGCGGCACAUACAGACUCCUUCGUCACGUUUCGUUCGUCGAUUGCCCCGGUCACGAUAUUCUCAUGAGUACUAUGCUUUCCGGUGCCGCGGUCAUGGAUGCCGCACUGCUUCUGAUUGCCGGCAACGAAACCUGUCCCCAGCCGCAAACGUCCGAACAUUUGGCAGCCAUUGAGAUUAUGAAGCUCAGUCACAUUAUCAUUCUCCAGAACAAAGUCGAUCUCAUGCGGGAGGAAGGCGCCCAGCAGCAUUACGAGUCCAUCCUCAAAUUCAUCAAGGGAACCGUCGCAGAUGGAUCUCCCAUCAUCCCCAUCUCCGCCCAAUUGAAAUACAACAUCGACGCCAUCAACGAGUACUUGGUCACCAAGAUUCCUGUUCCAGUACGAAACUUCCAGGCCGCACCACACAUGAUUGUCAUCCGAUCUUUCGAUGUCAACAAGCCCGGUGCCGAAAUUGAAGAUUUAAAGGGUGGUGUUGCUGGCGGUUCCAUCCUGACGGGUGUGCUCAAGCUCGGUGACGAAAUCGAAAUCCGACCUGGUAUCAUCACCAAGGACGCCAUAGGCCAGACCGUCUGCCGACCCAUCAUGUCUCGCGUGGUGAGUCUGUUUGCCGAACACAACGAUCUCAAAUUCGCCGUGCCCGGUGGCCUGAUCGGUGUCGGUACCCGUGUCGACCCGACCCUCUGCAGAGCCGAUCGUCUCGUCGGACACGUUCUCGGUCUAAGAGGCAACCUACCUGAGAUCUACAUGGAACUUGAAGUCAACUACUUUUUGCUUCGAAGACUGCUGGGUGUCAAGACGGCCGACGGCAAGCAGGCCAAGGUCGCGAAACUGGCCAAGAACGAAGUCCUCAUGGUGAACAUUGGCAGCACGGCGACGGGUGCGAAGGUUAUGGGCGUCAAGGCCGAUGCCGCGAAGCUGACGCUCACAAACCCUGCUUGUACCGCGAUCGGGGAGAAAAUCGCCCUGAGUCGAAGAAUCGAGAAGCACUGGCGUCUGAUUGGGUGGGCGAACAUUGUGGCCGGAAACACCAUCGAGCCAGAAGUUUCCUAGAAGUGUGGCUAUUCAGAAGCAGGAGGUCGGGGUUGUCAUGUAUGGAGAGCGGCGAGAAUUUUUUACCAGGGCUCUCAGGUCGAUGACGCCCGAAAAAUCCACGCGAAGUCCCAGACGACCAUGGAGCAGGGCAAUGGCGAAGGAAUGCGGGGUCGAGUCAUGGAACGUCGGCCAAAGAAGGCAUAGAUGAUUUUGAAAAUUGAGCAUACACCGGCAGUGCUGCUGCUGCUGCUGCUGCUGCUAUGGCAGAUGAGAUGAACCGAUUAUGAGAUCAAGCGGGAUUUGUUGAUGCGCUCGAGCCCUGCUGAAGUAAAAGACGAGAAACGACAAACGACAAAUCCGAGACGGGAAAGGGACAGGGACACAAAGCUCAACCAACAAGGUGGUGCUGAACGUUUGAAAAGGCUACUUCGUGGUGAUGGCAGUGGUGUUCGUGUCUACAGCCGCACGCGAGUCAAGAGACAUGUGUACGCUACUAGCCGGUAACUCGAGAAUUUGGGCACGGAAUAGAGGCGUGCAGACUAUUCUCUGUGUGGGAUCAUGGAUACGGGGUCUUACAUUGGGGUCCCAGAUCGAGACACUGACUGCUCUUACAAUGGUCGGCGCUUUAAGAAUGAGAUAGAUGAAUUGAAAAACAUGGCCAAAAGGAAAAAGAAAAGAAACACACAUCAUUCACGAUCGUUCCAAGACUUUCGAUUCGAUAUCCCCGUAUUCUCUUGUGUGUCUCUCACCAUCAUCGUCAUCGUCA